UGGCGGGGUAGCGGGGCGGGCGGCGUGUAUUGUGGCCUAACCUAACCUAAUGCUUAACUCCACUUCUGUUAUCGAAGAAGGGCUUAAUUGUCGAGGUUUCUUUGCUCUUUCCUCUGAGUAACUAUGACGAAGACACACAGAACGUGUAAAGGCAAACCCACUGCGCCCAACGCUCCCACUGCACAGGGCAAAAAGGAACCCCGAGGAAGUAACUGUGGAAUUUGUGGGAAACACUUCCAGUAUGAGCACAAGAUGCGUACACAUCUGCGAAUACAUACGGGAGAAACACCAUUUUCCUGUUCUUAUUGUGUUAAGUCCUUUGCCCAGAAGGCAGCGCUGACAGUUCACGAAAGAACACAUACUGGUGAAAAACCAUUUGUCUGUGAACUGUGCAACAAAGCAUUUGCCAGAGCAGAUCAUCUUAAUCAGCACAACAGAACACACACUGGAGAAAAACCUUAUGCAUGCAGUGUAUGUGGCAAAUCUUUUGCCACUUGGUCGGCUAUAAGCCGACAUAAAAUGGAGCACUCCUCUAGAGACAGUUACCCUUGCUCGCAUUGUAAUAAGACUUUUUCGAGAUCCGACAACCUACGUACACAUGUAGUAAAAACACAUUUAUCAGAUAAGCCUGAAGGCGCUUCCAAAGUACGUGUCGCAGCUACAUCCGCAGCAAAGAAGAAGAGAGCGCAAGCUAAAGCCAAAGAAGUCACCAAAGAUUUAGACACUGGUUCCAGACCUAACCCAGAGGAAAUUGAAGCAAUUGCCAAAAUUCUCCAAGAUGAUGUAGAUGGUAGGGAAGCCAACUUCAAGGAUGCAGGUGAUUCUGAAAUCCCAAACCCAGAGCAAGUUUUGGUCAAGGCUGAGCCCCCCGAAGAAGAUAGCACUCAGGAAAAGGAUGAAGAUAAUGAUGGAAUAAUCAAGCAUUUCGAUGGUUCAGCAUUAGAAGAUUCACCUUUACUCAAUGAUGCUGUUGACUCAAAGGCAGAGAAAGAGCCUCUUCUAGAGGAUGAUGAACAGGAGAAUGCUGAUACCUCCUGCAUUGAUGAUAUGUUGGGAUCCCAUUUCUUAUUUGCAUAGUCCAAUCAUGUCAAUUUUAUUUUCAGAUCAAUGACAAUUUUCAAACAAUUGAUAUUGUUCCAUUGUUUUGUAUUUGUUGUUUUCUUUUUGUUUGUGCUAAGGCCUUAUUUUCUGUUUAUUUUGUUCAUCAAUGUUUGAGUUUAAUUUGAAGUGUCACAGUGCGUAAGAUAUUUUAAUUUAUUUCAAUGAUAUCAAUCAUUUAGUUUGAGCUAAUUUCUAUUUAAUGCAACUGAUUGCUUACAAAAUGUUAAUUCAAGGGGUUGAAUGAUGUCUAGAAUGUAUUUGCAAAUCUAGUUCUUAAAAUUUCAAAAGAAUAAAAACUGCGGAUUGCGUG